AUGGAAGCCCUGAGGUUCAUUGACGGCGACUCCCACGUUCUCGAGCCAGAAUCGAUCUGGGAAAACUAUCUGGAAGAAAAGUACCGCAACCUGGUAAGCGCCCAUGUCCGUUGGGUGACGGCGCCCUCAGGUCAGGGCGUUAAUGCAGUAGACGAGUCAUCCACCCGGGAAAGUGCCUUGGCCUUCGAGUUGGAGGUGGAGGUGAUGGGCACGUAUCCUCUGGGCGUUAGGGACACCGACGCGGCCACGCGCAGUUUCCAGGACCGGGACCUGGAUGAGUUGGAUGUGGCCUAUGGCAAGUGGGCCGACCAGGACUUCCCGUCCAGCGCCUAUAGGGAAGUUAUGGACGUUCAUGGGAUUGAACACAUGAUUCUCUAUCCAACGGCCGGGUUCUGGACGACGGGUGUGGCCGAAAUGGACGGGGAGACCGCCAUGGCCAUUCGGCGGGCAUACAACCGCUGGCUGGGUGACUACUGUGCCGAAAUUGGCAAGGGUGCCUGCGGAGCGGCGUCCAUUGAUCUCCGGGACCCCGUGCUGGCCGCCAAGGAGGUGCGCCGGUGCGUGCAGGAGUACGAUUUCAAAGCGGUGCAUCUGAACCCGGCGCCCGUUCCCAACCUGCGCCUGUUCGACCCAGAGUGCGAUGUGCUAUGGGCGACCUGCGCCGAGUUGGGAGUGCCUAUCGGCCUGCAUCCCAGCGCCAACCAUCCAUUCGACCAGGGUCUGCUGGAUUACCUGCCCGGCCUUCGCAACUGCCGUACGACCGUGUCCUUCGUGAUGGGGAGCAUGCUGGCAUGCACCGCUUUCAUAAUGGGCGGCGUGCUGGAGCGACACCCUGACUUAAAGCUGGUGUUCCUGGAGUCUGGCUGCGGCUGGGCCUCCUUCUGGCUGGACCGGCUCGAGGCGGGCAUCCAGGGUGGCACGCGACGGCUCAGGAUACAGGGAUUGAACAGCAAUCCUGUCGACUACUUCCAGCGGCAGUGCUUCGUGGCCGCCGACCAGGACGACCCUGGCAUCGCGCCGCUGAUCGAGUCCAUCGGUGAUCACGUAAUCGUCGGGGCCACUGAUUUUGGGCAUCCAGAGGGAAGGAAGUACUUCAAGGCCAAGCAGGACAUGCUGGAACUCCCCAAUGUGUCCAUGGAAAGCAAGCACAAGAUCAUGUGGGACAACGCGUUGCGGGCAUAUCCCAUCAACCCAAACUAG